GGCAGCCAGCGCGCAUGCGCACGCGGGCCGACAUCCGCCCGCGCCGGGGCUCGCGCACCGACAUGGCGGCGGCGGCGGAGGGUGGCGGCGGCGGCGCCGGCGGGGCGCGGCCCGACCCGACGGUGCAGCGGGCCGAGCUGGGGCCGCUGCUGGCUAUGGCCCUCCGGCCGGGGGAAUCCUGGUACCUGGUGGACAGCCGGUGGUUCAAGCAGUGGAAGAAGUACGUGGGCUUCGACAGCUGGGACAUGUUCGGUGUGGGCGAUCCCGGAUUCUUCCCCGGGCCUAUCGACAAUUCGGGUCUCUUCAGCGAUCCAGAAACGCAGAGUUUAAAAGAACACCUCAUUGAUGAGCUAGAUUACGUAUUGGUUCCUACUGAAGCCUGGAAUAAACUAGUAGCAUGGUAUGGUUGCGUAGAUGGACAGCAGCCUAUUGUGAGGAAAGUAGUGGAGUAUGGUCUGUUUGUGAAGCACUAUAAGGUUGAAGUUUAUCUUCUUGAGCUGAAGCUGUGUGAGAGCAGCAAUCCUGACAAUGUAAUUAGCUGCCACUUCAGUAAAGCAGACACUGUUGCUACCAUCGAGAAAGAAAUGAGAAAACUAUUUAAUAUCCCAGCUGAGAAAGAAACUAGAUUAUGGAACAGGUAUAUGAGUAACAUGUAUGAGCAGCUCAGCAAGCUGGAUAGCACAGUGCAAGAUGCGGGGCUCUAUCAAGGUCAGGUUGUUCUAAUAGAAGUGAAAAAUGAAGAUGGCACGUGUCCUGGACAGCAUUUCCUGGCAAAAUCAAGCACUGCAACUAGCAGAAACUUUACUACCUCUUCAAAAUCAUCAGCAAGUUCUUAUUCCUCAGUGUCUGCCACCUCUGUCAUUACUAACGGUGAUAACAGUAACUCCUAUGGACUGAACAGCUCCCACCUGGGCAGGGGAGGUUCUGGAUUUGUCUGUAACUCUUACAGCUGCAGGGACAGCGCUUCCCUGACACAGCCUGGACUCUGCGGACUCAGUAACCUUGGAAAUACCUGCUUCAUGAAUUCUGCAUUACAGUGUCUAAGCAAUACACCUCCUCUGACUGAUUAUUUCCUGGAAGAUAAAUAUGAAGCUGAAAUAAAUCAGAACAAUCCACUGGGGAUGAGAGGAGAAAUUGCAGAGGCCUAUGCAGAGCUCAUUAAACAGAUUUGGUCUGGGAGACAGUCUUAUGUGGCCCCUCGGAUGUUUAAAACACAGGUUGGCCAGUUUGCUCCUCAGUUUUCAGGAUACCAGCAGCAAGAUUCCCAGGAGCUUUUGGCUUUUCUUCUAGAUGGCUUGCACGAGGAUUUGAACAGAGUGAAGAAGAAGCCCUACUUGGAGCUGAAGGAUGCUAAUGGCAGACCUGAUUCGGAGGUGGCAAAAGAGGCUUGGGAGAAUCAUAGGCUGAGGAAUGAUUCUAUCAUUGUGGAUAUUUUUCAUGGUCUCUUCAAAUCUACCCUUGUUUGUCCUAAAUGCUCCAAAGUUUCUGUGACCUUUGAUCCCUUCUGUUACUUAACCCUUCCACUGCCCUUGAGGAGAGAUCGUCCCAUGGAAGUUACCUUGGUAUAUGCAGCCCCACAGCGUAGACCUGUCCAGUACCGGGUUGUGGUGCCGAUGAUGGGGGCCAUCUCGGAUCUGUGUGACUCACUCUCCAAACUCUCUGGUGUUCCUGCAGAAAAUAUGGUGGUGACAGACGUGUAUAAUCAUCGAUUCCACAAAAUCUUCCAAAUGGAUGAAGGUUUAAAUCAUAUCAUGCCAAAAGACGACAUCUUUGUGAAAUGUUUUCAAUUUUUAUUUAGCCUGUGGUCUGAGGAACCCUUGGAGAUCUCUGUGAGUUAAAACUCUUAUGUUGAAACUGGCUUGUAUAAGUUUUUUUUCAGGCUUUCUAAAUCUUAGUCUAAGAUGGUGAGGAUUGUCUGAGUUGCUUUUGGAGGAGUAAUAUUGUCUGUUUGGACUUGGUACAUAGUUGCUAAAAAAGUGCAUAACUUUAAAAUUAGUGCAAAUGUUUGUGUCCUGCUGGCUUCAAAACUUGUUUCCCACUGGGGAAUGUACUUGCAGCCAUGGAGGUGCAUCCUCUGCCUUUUGCUUCUUGCAGAAAGGGUUUUUAACCCUGCUAGAGAGGGCUCCUGCACAGAACCCCACUCCAGAAGUUUUAGCUGUUGCACUGGCCCUUGUAUGUUUUCCUUCAGUGGUGGGACACUUCUUGGGUUGCCUGCUUGCUUUUUUUGUCAAAAGCAAACGCUGCUCUGACUUGCAUCUGCCACCACUACCCACCUUGGGGCUGCACCCAGGCACUGCCAUGUGUGCUUUCUUUGCGGGCCUCUUCUCCAAAACCAGAGCAGGAACAGUCCUGUUCGCUCCUCGUGUUCUCUGGUUAACUUGUUCCUUCUAGCUUAACUGGAGUAGAUAAUGUUCCUGAAAUUUCUUGCUUUUUGUUUUAGCAUGAAAACAUAGUUUGGGCUUAUUCUCAGUGCUGGGCUGGCUGAGUAACACUGGGCAUUCAUUCUUGCGCCUUAGCUGGGUUGAUGUAACUGGAAUCAGAAGGUAACCUGGGCCAGGAUAUAGGAUAGUGUUAAAAUAACUGUUCUCUUGUCUGGCGUGGAGUGCCAUGUUGCUCUGCACACAGCUGUCCUGGGGUACCUGUGGAAGCCUCUCAGGAGUAGGGCAGGGGUGGGUUAAACAGAAAUUUCUCAUAUGUUCCUCAAGCUGUUAACAUUUCUAGUAGAAGUUACCAACUGUAAGGUGUCGGAUCAGGCCUUGCUGCCUUCCUGAAGACGUUGCGUGAUGCGUGGCUGAAGAAUGUGGCAUAUGGUGGUUGUAUGUUCAGAUUGCUGCUGCUGGUAACCUCAGGAGUUUUUGAUAUCCCAGCAACUUGCUUAUUUUCUUAGAUUACAGGCAGAUAUCUCACUGUUUGUUAAAUGGAGGAAUAAAAAAACAUCGGAAAAAAUAUCUUAUGUCUUCCAAAAUCUUCCACCUUUAAAGUACAAACUUGUUUCCACUUGAGACUAAAAAUAUGUAAUUGAAAUGAUGUAUAGUUGAGAAACGUUUUAUUUCCCCAAAGACAGUGAAGGCUUGAGUGCCCACUGAAAAGCAUUUUGUUCUUUUGAUUUUAAAUUAAGGUCAAUUCUUUAUUAAGUGACAGGAAAAGACUUGCUGUUUAUGAUUUGAGGGAUGGCUCUGUAUGGCUGCAUAGUCCACAAAAUGUUCAGUUUGGAAAAGAUCCUCUUGUGCUGACUGGUGACGUAGUUGUGGCGUGUAUCACUAGUUACACUGAGUAAUGUGUAUCUCUUCUGUUCCUGAAAGAAAACUGUCUUUGUAUUGAUUAAUGAAGGGGAACAGCUGCCUUUUUAUUAGAAAGUAUAGCUGUGUAAUGUUUUACAGUGACAGUAUUUUCACCCCAAAAUCACAAUUUAAAUAAAUAACAACCUAAAAGAGAUUAAAUAAAUCAGUGUGAACCCAUCAGAAUUUUAUUUGCACACUAAGAUGGGCUGAUGAUGUAUCGAUUUAUUAGCAAGGAAGAAACCUUCUGGAAGCUGUUUGCCUACUAUGUUUUGAAAACAGAUUUUUUUUCUAAGGUUUGAAUCAUUUAAUUGCCAUAUGUAGUAAGGCUAAAACAUAUCAGCUUCUAUUCUAGGAGAACAAAUUGCAGAAAAUAUUAAGUUUUUAGUAGCAUUACUGAUGUUACAAAUCAAGUAUUUUGUUGUUUUUUUUUUUUUAAUUGAAAUUGAAAACUGCAGCAUUUCAGGUUAUUGUGCUCACAGUGCAGCAAAGUUACGCGAGAGGCAUGUCAGGUGGGAAAAACAGACUGGAGAGGGGUAAGGUAAUCAUGGCAUUAACAUGUAGGCGGGCUUGUUACCUGGUACACAGCACCCAUUCUCACAAUGAGUCAAGGUAUUUCUAUACCUUUAUUCCAGUUUGUACAAGGUAGUGAGCUAGGUGCUGAGCCGCAAAUGCCUAACUCACUGAUGGUCAAAACUUUGUACUAUUUAUACAGUUCAGAAAGCAAAGUUAUCAGCCUUCAUUGCUUACAAGUUACAGAAUUCCUUCAAUAUGUAAUACUGAAUUUCCUGUUUAUCAAGUAAUUCUCUUGCUUCUGGUGUUAAUUAGUUUGCAUGCUCUGUCUCAACUUCUUUUUGGGUCUGGAAGGGUUUCUUGAGUCGGUAGUUGUGGUCUUCCCCUGCUGGCAUUGCCUUUCCCCUGGUUGGUGCUGCUUGUGGUAGACUUCCAGUCAGCUCAUUCAUCUUGUGACGUACUUUACUCCUUUAAACAAAGAACUUGCUGGUGCUUAACGAAGCACUUAGCAGGACAUGCAAAAGUGCUUAUAUCUUGAACUGACUAUUAACAAUUAAUUUGCUCUAAUUGUUUUAAUGUUAACCUACUAAUAGUACAUUCAAUUAUUAAUCAUUUGCUAUCAAUGGUACCUUUUGCAGGGUGUGUUCUUAGGUACUAAAUGUUAACCUAGAUGGGUUUGAAGCUGACAUAUACUAUGCAACUUGGGAUAUGACUGAGGACCAUUAUGUUAAUAAUUUGUAUUUAAGUAAACAUGUUAUUCACUGUCUCAUGUACUUGAACCAUCCUAAUUAAUGUUUUAUUGAUCUCAUCACUUUUACAUACUGAUCAUC